ACUCUCCACUACAGUGUGACUCACGGAGUCAGUAUUAAAGUUGCGUUGGUACGAGUAAAAUCCAUCGUCUUUGGGUGUGUCUCUUCUGACAAAAUCAUUCUCUAAAAGCUGCAAAAGUUCUCCAAGAGUUUUCUUGUGAAUAAAAUAAGAAUCCGCCCAAGAUGUCUUCAGCUGAAUACUAUCCUUUCCGAUGCACCCCAACCGUCUACCCGGCUGAUCCCUUUGAUGCUGUAGCCGAUGCUGCUACCCUCAGGGCAGCCAUGAAGGGUUUCGGCACCGACGAGAAGGCCAUCAUUGAGGUUCUCGGACGUCGUGGCAUUGUCCAGCGUCUCGAAAUUCUCGAAGCCUACAAAACUUCCUACGGAAAGGACCUCAUUUCGGACCUCAAAUCCGAAUUGGGUGGAAAUUUUGAGAAUGCCAUUGUGGCCCUUAUGACACCAUUGCCGCAGUACUACGCCUCGGAACUCCAUGAAGCCAUCUCCGGCAUGGGAACGGAUGAAGAGUGCAUCAUUGAGGUGCUUUGCUCGCUUUCCAACUAUGGCAUCAAGACCAUUGCCCAAUUCUACGAGCAAAUGUACGGACGCACCCUGGAGGAUGACCUCAAGGGUGACACAAGUGGGCAUUUCAAGAGGCUCUGCAGAUCACUCGUACAGGGCAAUCGUGAUGAGAAUGAGGGAGUCGAUGAAGCUGCUGCCAUUGCUGACGCACAGACACUCUUCGACGCCGGCGAGGGACAAUGGGGAACGGAUGAGUCCAUCUUCAAUUCUCUCCUCGUAACACGCUCGUACCAGCAGCUGAGGCAGAUUUUCCAGGAAUACCAGAACAUUGCAGGUCGUGACAUUGAGUCGGCCAUUAAGAGUGAAUUCAGUGGGGCCGUGGAGAAGGGCAUGCUGGCCAUUGUGGGAUGUUGCAAAUCAAAGGUGGAUUACUUUGCUGAACGUCUCCACGACGCCAUGAAUGGUAUGGGCACAAAUGACAGGACCCUCAUCCGUAUUAUUGUUAGUCGCUCAGAAAUUGAUCUGGGUGACAUCAGGGAGGCAUUUGAGGCCAAAUACGGAAAGAGUCUCGUGUCCUGGAUUAAGGCAAGUUGGGUAUGGUAUUUUUUGUUAGAUUUUCUCUCCCAUGUUCAUCUUCUGUUAUGCCACUUUAUGCUGUGGGGCACACUGCUGGGUAAAUAAUCCAACUAACAUCCUUCACGUCUUACAUAGGGCUGAGUCAGGCCAAAGAUAACUUUUCUUUGAUAUUUUUGUUUUCAUUUUAAUUCACAAAAUACAUAUAAAAAUUUAACUUUUUUAUCAAUUUAUUUAUCGCCCAUUUGUAGUUUUUUGAUAUUUCAUUUGCGGCUUUAUGCAUAAAUUGCACAUAAAAUUAUUUUCUAAAUUAAGAUAAUUUAAAAACAAAAAAAAACAAAUAAGCAUGUUUAAUAAUAAAAAUUCUUUAAUAAAAAAAUUUUAAAACUUAUGCACGAUAAAAAUAAAUUUAAAAAGAAAAAGAAAAGUUAUCUUGCAAAUUUCGGUAAAUAUUAUUUUUCAAAAUUCAACAGCCUUGUUUUCUAUUAAUUUUAUGUGUUUGCAAUGUUUUUGCUUUAUUAUUAUUGUUAAAUAAUUUUAUAUUAAUAUUUUUUCUCUUUUAUCUUUUUUUAAUUCCUUUAGGGCGACACGUCAGGUGACUACAAGAAACUUCUUUUGACCCUCGUCGGUGGCCUAUAAGAUAACAAUUUAGAGUGCCUCUCCAGAGUGCCUAAAAAUGCUUUUCCUUUUUUUUGAAGCUGACACCAGCAGAAAAAUAAGAAGAAAAAAUUACCAAUAUUUGCAUAUUUAUGCAUAAUUUGCGAAUAAAGUCGUUCAUGUCGUUCAUAUUUUUUUUCUUGGAGAAUCUCUUACAUAAUAUACACAUUAUAAACACCAACAAAAAAAUGUUAGAAUUUUAAAAUAUACAUGUUAGCAAAAGUCUAUAUUAGAGAA